UUACAGAUAGAUGUAGCCCUGACUGAUGACCGUUGUUGAAGACGCUGCCAUUGGGCGCCAAGAAAACAAACUUUCCUGAAAAGAUGCUACUCGAAAGCAGUGCUGUUUUAUUAAGUACGAGUAUAUAGUACAACACUACAACUGUCAUUUGUAUAUUGUGCUAGCGGAGGAAACCAAGCACAUCCACAUGUAGUACCUCUUCCUGAAAGUUAAUAGUACCAAGCAAGCGCAUCUUGCACAGACCAUUUUCUUCUCCACUCGCACUGCACUUGAGCUUCUCUCUGUUCUUGGUGUUCCAAUGGCGGCUGUGGUGGCCACCAUGGUGGUCGGUCCACUUCUCUCCAUUGUGAAGGAGAAGGCAUCCAGCUACUUGCUUGAUCAAUACAAGGUGAUGAAGGGCAUGGAGGAGCAACAUGAGAUCCUGAUGCGCAAACUGCCUGCCAUCCUGGACAUCAUCACCGACGCCGAGCAGGCCGCAGCCCACAGAGAAGGGGCAGCGGCCUGGCUCCAGGCCAUCAAGAAGGUGGCUUACGAGGCGAAUGAAGUCUUCGAUGAGUUCAAGUAUGAGGCACUUCGUCGUGAAGCAAAGAGGAAAGGGCACUACAAGAAGCUUGGCUUCCAUGUGGUAAAACUCUUUCCCACUCACAACCGGUUUGUAUUCCGUAAAAGGAUGGGGAAAAAGCUCAGCAAGAUUGUGCAGGCCAUUGAGGUCCUUGUGACUGAAAUGAAUGCCUUUGGCUUUAAGUACCAGCAGCAACUACCUUUAUCCAAGCAGUGGCGACAGACGGAUCAUGUUAUCUUCGACCCAAAGAAUAUUACUAGCAGAUCCAGAGCCAGUGAUAAUAAGAAUAUUGUUGACUUGCUAAUUGGUCAAGCUAACAAUGCAGAUCUCAUGGUUGUUCCCAUAGUUGGAAUGGGGGGUCUGGGCAAGACCACAUUAGCGCAAGUUGUCUACAAUGAACCUGAAAUUCAGAAGCAUUUUGAUUUGAUGCUAUGGGUGUGUGUCUCUGACAGCUUUGAUGUGGAUUAUCUGGCUACAAGAAUAGUUGAAGCAGCUCCUGGGAAGAAGGAUGAUGAUGCAAAAGAGCCUCCUUCCAAGAAGAAGACACCACUGGAGAGACUUCAGGAUUUGGUUAGCGGGCAAAGGUACCUCCUUGUACUGGAUGAUGUCUGGACUAGAGAGGUACUUAAAUGGGAACAACUUAAGGGUCGACUUCAACAUGGUGGCAUGGGUAGUGCGGUCUUGACAACAACUCGUGAUGAAGGAGUUGCUGUAAUAAUGCAUACUGUUGAAGCCUAUAAUCUCACAGCCUUGGAAGAUCGAUACAUUCAAGAAAUCAUUGAGACAAGAGCAUUCAGCUGUUUUCAGAGUGAAGAGGAAAGGCCCGCCUCGUUGGUGAAUAUGGUUGGCGAGAUUGUCAAUAGAUGUUCUGGUUCUCCUUUGGCUGCAACAGCACUGGGCUCUGUUUUGUGUACCAAGACCAGUGAGGAAGAGUGGAAGGAUGUACUAAGUAGAAGCAGCAUUUGCACCGAGGAGAAUGGAAUCUUACCAAUACUCAAGCUCAGUUACAACGACUUGUCGCCGCGUAUGAAGCAAUGUUUUGCUUUUUGUGCAAUAUUUCCCAAAGAUCACAUGAUUGAUGUGGACAAGCUGAUCCAACUAUGGAUUGCACAUGGCUUCAUCCAGGAAAAGCAAGUUCGUCUUGAAACCAUUGGCAAACUGAUUUUCAAUGAGCUGGCCUCAAGGUCAUUCUUUCAGGAUGUGGAACAAGUCCAAGCCACGGUCAAGGAAUUUGAAGACAAUUGGUCGUGUUAUUCCAGAACUACAUGUAAAAUUCACGAUCUUAUGCACGAUGUUGCACUGUCUGUAAUGGGAAAGGAAUGUGUCUUGGCAACUGAGGAAACAAGUCAGAGUGAGUGGCUUCCAAACACUGCUCGUCAUUUAUUUUUGUCAUGCAAGGAACCAGAAAGAAAAUUGAAUAGUUCUCUAGAGAAAAGCUCUCCAGCAAUCCAAACUCUUCUAUGUGAUGAGCCUAUGAAAAGUUCGUUGCAACAUUCAUCAAAAUACAGCUCUUUGCAAGCGUUACAACUCUGUUCACAGAGAAGAUCAUUUCAGCUGAAACCAAAGCAUCUACAUCACCUAAGGUACCUAGAUCUCUCAAGAAGUAGAUAUAUCAAAGCACUUCCUGAAGAUAUGAGCAUCCUAUACAACCUUCAAACGCUAAACCUCUCUGGCUGUGAAUCUCUUUGUAGACUUCCAAGACAAAUGAAGUAUAUGACUACCCUCCGUCACCUUUACACUCAUGGUUGUAGAAAUCUGGAGAGCAUGCCUGGAGACCUCUCAAAACUAACAGCCCUACAGACACUUACAUGUUUCGAAGCAAGCAGUGACUCUAAUUGCAGCAAUGUUGGUCAGCUCGGGAGCUUGAACCUUGGUGGUCAACUAAAGCUACGUAAUCUGGCAAACGUGACAGAAGUGGAUGCAAAAGCAGCAAACCUUGUGAACAAGGAGCUAAGAGAAUUGAGAUUAACAUGGACCUUCGGAUGGAAUUAUUCUGAACAUCAUACUAGCUGGCGGGAUAAUGAAGAGGAUGCAAAAGUGCUCGAGAAUCUCAAACCUCAUGAUGGACUACAUGCCAUAGGGAUACAGUCAUAUGGAGCCACCACCUUCCCAACAUGGAUGACUAUGUUGCAAAACAUUGUUGAGAUCCAUCUUUUCAGCUGUACAAAACUGGUAUGGUUGUUCAGUGGUGAGUGUGAUACAUCGUUUGCAUUUCCAAAUCUGAAGGAGCUUAUCCUAGAUGGUCUUGUUCGUUUGGAGAGAUGGUGGGAAAAAGAUAAUGAGGGGAUGCAAGGAGAGGUGAUGAUGUUUCCUCUACUUGAGAAGCUGGUUAUUAGACACUGUGGAAAGUUGACAUCAUUGCCAGGACAUCCGACCUUCCAAGAUGUUUGCAUUGAGGGAUGUCCAGAGCUGACAACUACAGCUAAAUCACCAAAGCUCAGUGUACUGAAGAUGGAAGGACGCGAGGUAGAGUUGUUCUUGUGGGUAGCGAGACAUAUGACUUCAUUGACCAAUCUGGAACUGAUUGGCAUUGAACAUAGUACAGAUACAACCUCGAUGGGGGCUGUGAAUAGUUUGAGGGAAUUGGUGAACGUCAAGGAGAAUGGGAAUGAUAAAGACUUUCCUCUAGAAGUUUUGGUGUUAAUAGACUUUAAGUCAGGUGUACGUGUAACAGAGCUGUGCGCAUGCUUUGUACACCUUCAAGAUUUGUCAAUUCUGAGGUGCCAUACGCUUGUCCACUGGUCAGAAAAAUUGUUCGAAGGAUUGGUAUCCUUGAGGAAGCUAGAGAUUGGCAAUUGCAAAAAUCUGACUGGAUAUGCACAAGCUUUUGCCGAGCCAUCUACAUCAUCAAAAACAAGUCAGCUCCUGCCACGUCUAGAGUCUCUGAUGAUAUACAAUUGUGGAAACUUGGUUGAGGUCUUCAACGUCCCUGCAUCUCUUAGGAUAAUGUACAUUGAUGAUUGCAGUAAGCUUGAGUCCAUAUACGACAGGAGGCUGCAGCAGGGACAGUCAGUAUCAUCGAUUCAUCAAGGGUCAUCCAAUAUAGAAGCAUUAUCAUUAUAUAGAUGUGAUGGCUUAAUAGGGGUCCUCUAUAUUCCCCCGUCCCUCAAGAGACUAGACAUUUAUAACACUGGUGGGUUGACAUCUCUGGAAUCCUGCGCUCCCGAGCUCCCGUCGUUGGAGUACCUCCUGCUUCAGGAAUGCAAGACCCUGGAAUCUCUACCGGAUGUACCGCAAGCAUACUCAUCUCUCCAACAUCUUUCGAUUAGAGAGUGCCCUGGCAUGAAGACGCUCCCUGCAAGCCUGCAGCAACGCCUGGGCAGCAUCCAGGAGGAAUCCGUAGAUGCCCAUUAUUAUGGAAAUAAGCCAAGGCCUAUGCUGCUGAAACCGAAGACAUGGAAGUAUGUCUGCAAAGGUUGAACUACUGUUCUGAAAGAUCUGAAAGAGAUGCUGUCUGCAAAGAAUUCUUCCAGCACAUACACACGGGCGGAGAAGAGAGAUCACUUGGAAACAGAAGUAUUGUCUUUCAAGGCCUGACACGAUCAGUAGUUGUUGUUGCCAUGUUGUUUUGCGAUGCUGUUGCCAGGAUCAGACGCCUAUAGGAGGAUGUUGCCAUGCUGAAUUGCAAGAUCAGUAAUCAGAAGGGCGAUCCGAUAGAACUAUCAUUUUAUUCUCAGAAGUCAGAACGAGAUCUGCUUUGAAUAAUUUAGUACUUGGAUUUGCAACUUCUGUUUGUCUCUCGGCUAUUGUAUCAUUGUGUUUCUUUUUCAACUGGCCUGGCGGCAUUCUGCCCUGGGCACUGUCAGAUUUUUUUUUUGCCAAACUUCUGUCGGCAUUUCCUUUUGCUUGCUAUACGCUCAGAAGAGGCAACUUAUAAGCUGAAUUUUUUA